CAUCUGGCAGGGCUGUGCAGGUGACGUUUCCCGCCAUAUUCCCUUUGCAGCUCAGCCUCACGCUCGGCCCUCGCACCUCGGAGCCUCUUCCGUGUGCAAUAAUCUGUCUGUGUGAGCGUUUCGGUAGGCUUAGCACGCGUCCGUCAUGGCCAAAGUGCAUAUAGUAAACGUGGUGGUGCUGGACAACCCUUCGGCCUUCUUCAAUCCCUUCCAGUUUGAAAUUACCUUCGAGUGUGUGGAGGACCUUCAGGAGGACCUGGAGUGGAAGAUCAUCUACGUGGGCAGCGCUGAAAGUGAAAACUAUGACCAGACGCUGGACACCGUGUAUGUGGGGCCUGUCCCUGAGGGGAAGCACAUGUUUGUAUUCCAGGCCGACCCUCCUGACGAAACCAAGAUUCCAGUGGGGGAUGCGGUAGGUGUGACAGUGGUGCUCCUCACAUGUGGCUACAAAGGACAAGAGUUUGUUCGUGUUGGUUACUAUGUCAACAAUUCCUAUACAGACCCAGAACUUCAGGAAAACCCUCCAGAUGUACCUCAGUUUGACAAGCUACAAAGAAACAUUCUUGGGUCUCAACCACGUGUUACGAAAUUCAAAAUUGAUUGGGAUGAUGCCAAGGACUCAGAAAAUAUACCUCCAUCUGAAAAUGGAGAAGGGGCAGCAUCCUCCUCCCAGAAUUCUGUGGAUAUGAAGCCAGCUCUAGCGGUGGAGAGCAGUAAUAGUGCUUGUGCAAUGGAGGUUGCGUGAGCUUCAACAAACACCGUAUGGAAUUAUUUUUCUUCGUGCAAAAGUGAACGAUAACUUUUCUUACUGUAAGGUACCUGUGAAUAUUUGUAUUGUUUUCAAAAAUUUAUAUAUAGUCAAUUAUUUACAUAUAUUUUCGUAUUUACUUUGUAAACCCCUCAAGCACUCAAGUAUUUCAGAUUUUUUUAAUAACAGUUAUAUUUUCAUCAAUGUGUUCUGUACACCACUCUUUGAUUUUGUUAAUCUUUCAUGUGACUUGUUAUGAGUUGCAACUUCAAAGGGUUUAAAUUUCAGCUCACAGGAGUAAAGACUUGUUUUUCUUGAUCUUGAAUCCAAAGGAGGUAAAAAUAAAGCCUCCUGUUGGAUGGAACUGAAAUUUAAGUAAUUUAGGAUGAAAAUAAUAAUAGAAUCUGAUGUGCUAGCACUAAGAGCAAAUAUUGUUCUAGGUAUCACCAUGGAGCAGUAAUGUCAGAUUUUAUUUAUACUGAAGCUAUUGGCGUGCUAGUCUUUUGUAAUGGAAUCGUUCUCAUGUAUAUUGAUUUACCUUAAAUAAAUGUAAAUUUAU